CCUCUCUCUGCCUGGGUAGACAGGUCUAGGAACAUCUCGUUUUGUAGAUUCAAGCAUACCAUUCUGCCAUCGUUCGUGUUUGUGCGUCUGCUUACCGUUGUGCCCUUAUUUGAUACCCCGACUUCACAGAGUUUAGCAUCCACCUACCUCGAGGUUAUCACUACGCGACAAUGGCGACGCCAAGCGACGCCGGCUUCACCAUGUCGGACGCUCCUUCGGGGCCUGCGACGACCCCUAAACCGAGGCAAUACCAACGAGGUUCAUCAGCCCGGCCGCGGGCACCUCCAUCCGAGAGUUUGGCCGCCCCUAGCGACGACGAGGGCGAAGGAUUUGCUGAUGACCAGAUCCCGGGACACGUAAGGAGGCGGAACGACCCCUCUACUAUUCCGCGAGUCGAGGACAGGAUUGGCAUUACUGUGCAAGACCACUUUGAAAACUUCAUCGAAGAAUACAUCGAAGAUCCAGUUGCCUCGGGCCAACAACCUGGCUCAAGUAGAACCACUGAUAGGUUUUACAUCGCACAGAUCCAUAACAUGCGUAUAUACCAGCUUUCCACGUUUUACGUAAACUACGACCAUGUAGCCUCUUACCAGAACGGUGGGCUUGCCAAUGCGAUUAACACGCAAUAUUACCGAUUCCUCCCCUUUCUUACGCACGCUUUGCACAACAUGAUCGCCAAACACGAACCGCAAUAUUUCCGUGAGCACCGACAAGCAACUACGUCGAGCAAUCAGACAACGUCCGGCGCGAGCAAUGUCGGGUCCGCUAGCCAGUCUGAAACGCAAGGGAGCAAGACUGCCAAUCAACAAACUGACAAGCUUUUUGCCAUUGCCUUCUACAACCUGCCGCUUGUAUCAAGAAUUCGAAGCUUGAGAGCCAAGAACAUUGGCCAACUGCUUUCCAUCUCUGGUACAGUAACGCGAACAUCUGAAGUCCGGCCUGAAUUGUCCCUGGCAACAUUCACUUGCGAGGCUUGUCGUAAUACAGUGCCCAACGUGGAGCAGACUUUCAGAUAUACCGAGCCCACACAAUGCCCCAACAAUGAAUGCGGCAACCGCUUAGCAUGGCAGCUAGAUAUCCGGCAAAGUACGUUCGUUGAUUGGCAGAAAGUACGUAUCCAGGAGAACAGCUCGGAAAUACCCACUGGUAGUAUGCCCCGAACCAUGGAUGUCAUCCUUCGCGGCGAGAUAGUCGACCGUGCUAAGGCAGGAGAACGGUGCAUAUUUACGGGCGCGUUGAUCGUGGUCCCAGAUGUGAGCCAGCUUGGUCUUCCUGGUGUCCGUCCUACAGCUGUCCGCGACGACCGCAAUGCGCCUCGCAAUAACGACGUUGGCGGUAAUGGUGUUUCGGGUCUUAAGUCCCUCGGUGUGCGGGAUCUUACCUACCGCCUCGCUUUCCUUGCCAAUAUGGUAACCCCCGAUACGACGACUCCCGGACAAUCUGCCAGCAGACAAGUCAAUGAGAUCAUCAAUUCAAUGACACAGGUAUCAGCUGAAACUGCUGAGUCGGUAGAGGAUGCGCAAGCUGCAGUCCUGAACUCGAUGACCCCUAGCGAGAUUGAGGAGCUCCGUGAGAUGGUCCAUAGUGACCAUAUCUACUCACGACUCGUGAAAUCAAUCGCACCAACAGUGUACGGCCAUGAAAUCGUUAAAAAGGGCAUUUUGCUACAGCUGAUGUCUGGUGUUCAUAAGACUACCGCAGAGGGGAUGGCUCUGCGAGGCGAUAUAAAUAUUUGUGUUGUCGGAGAUCCAUCAACAUCCAAGUCUCAGUUUCUGAAAUAUGUCUGCUCAUUCGCCCCGCGAGCGGUGUACACAUCGGGAAAAGCCUCCUCGGCUGCUGGUCUUACAGCUGCCGUAGUCAAGGAUGAAGAGACUGGUGAAUUUACAAUCGAAGCUGGAGCUUUGAUGUUAGCGGAUAAUGGUAUUUGCGCCAUUGAUGAGUUUGAUAAGAUGGAUAUCGCCGACCAAGUGGCUAUCCACGAAGCCAUGGAACAGCAAACCAUCUCUAUUGCAAAAGCUGGUAUCCAAGCUACUCUUAACGCUCGAACAUCUAUCCUUGCUGCCGCCAAUCCUGUUGGUGGACGUUACAAUCGCAAGAUGACCCUGCGAGCAAAUAUUAACAUGUCAGCACCCAUUAUGUCACGUUUUGAUUUGUUCUUCGUCAUUCUUGACGAGUGUAAUGAAUCCGUUGACCGCCAUCUAGCCGAGCACAUUGUGGGUAUCCACGCGCUGCGUGAUAGUGCUAUCGAGCCUGAAUUCAGCACAGAGCGCCUGCAGAGGUAUAUCCGCUUCGCACGGACUUUCCGACCAGAAUUCACAGAUGAGGCUAAAGAGCGCCUCGUAACCAAAUAUAAAGAACUCCGUGCUGAUGACGCCCAAGGCGGAAUUGGUAAAAACAGUUAUCGAAUCACCGUUCGACAACUCGAAAGUUUGAUUCGCCUGUCCGAGGCGAUUGCCAAGGCUAAUUGUGUAGAAGAAAUUGUUCCUGAGUUUGUGGACGAGGCAUUUAACCUGCUACGUCAAAGCAUCAUUUCCGUUGAACACGAUGACGUUGAGAUGGAGGAUGAGUAUGACGAGCCCGAGGACGCAGCUGCUCUUAUUGCAGCAGCGGAUGAGGUUUCAGGUACUGCGGCUGCUGCAUCACAGACCAGGGAUGGCGAAGGUGACGAGACAAUGGGUGAUGACAAUGGCGAAGCUGAGGCUAGUGGCCCUGGUACUGGCGGACGCAAGAAGACAGCCAUUACAUACGAGAAGUACAUUGCGAUGGUGAAUCUAAUCGUCUCGCGCGUAAAUGAUGACGAGGCUAGUGGAGCCGGUGAGGGUGUUGACGGCGGAGAACUUAUUCAAUGGUAUCUUGAACAGAAGGAGGAUGAACUCGACGGUGAAGAGGACUACCAUCGCGAGAUGGGCAUUGCCAAGAUGGUACUGAAGAAGAUGGUCAAGGACAACAUUCUUAUGGCCGUACACGGCGAAGGCUUAGCCGACGAAGAUGCCGAAGACUCUCAGUCUGCAGCCGGAACCUCACAGAAGGUUGUCUACGUACUUCAUCCCAACUGCGCCAUUGAAGAGUAUUAAGAUUUUAUCGCAAAACCAAUCCAGAAAAUCGCCUGGGACUGAGCCUGGCCCAAUCUCUUUGACGACUAAGCUGCGAAAUGCGAUGGCGUGUAUAUUCCCGACGACGCCGUUGAAGAGGCAUAGCAUUGUGGUGUCCGGCGUUAUUGGCGUUGCUUUGCCAGAUGGUAUGAUACUAUGGGGACAAUGGGGUCAAUUUUGCAUGAUAGCUAGCUUGGUAGGUAUAGUUUCUUGCCAGUUAUAGGAGCCUUGUAGAUAAAACAGUUUGGACGCUUUUCUUAGAUGCCUAUAUGCGGAAGAAUUCACACGAGUUCUCCCGGUAGGUAGAAGACAGGUACGAAUCAUGGAUGAUAUCAAGACACGGGCAAAUGAGCGAAAUGUACGAACAUGAGAGACUUAGCUAGGGUUCCUAAUGUUGGCAAUACAUGUUGCCACAUUCGAUAGCUCAAAUUACAGUUUCUCCUUUAUUUUA